CCCAUGGAACCGAAACUAGAAAGCCAGCGGUGGUAAGUCGGUCGACAGAUGCAAAACCAUGGCGCUGCUGCGUCGGCGGAGGCGCGGAAGGAGCACAUGAAGAGCAUUAAGGAGGAAAAAGCAGCGCAGGGCACUUCGACCCAUCAACGCUUGAUCAACAACUUCACGGCGAAUGCCAAGCAUAAGCUGGCCGCGAAGCGUGAAAUCCAUGACAUGGUCAACUACGUGAUCUUUCUGGCGCUGUUCUUAACCGUGGCGAUCACGUCCACCAACGGCGACGACUUGUUCAAGUUUAGUAAGCUCGUGCGAUCGCACCUGGUGGUGAAAAACUUUCAGUUGGUCAACACGUCCGUGUAUAAAUCGUACGCGGACGUGUCUAACCUCGACGAGUUUUACGAGUACUUGGUCGGGCCGUUUUGGGGGGCUAUCUACGGCAGCGACUCUUAUGACGGCGACGAGACGGUCUAUGCCGCGACAAAUGCUAGCAAUUCGUCGGUCAACUACAACCGGGGAUACAUUGGCGGCGUGGGGCGUAUUCUAGGGACGAUUCGGCUAGGCCAAGUUCGAGUGGCUGGGCAGGCGUGCGACAACCUUGCGACUCUCGGAUCAACAUGGUGCCUUCCUGAAUACUCGACGUCCACGGCGAGCACCGACAGCUUUGGAUUGGGCCACGAACUGUACGAAGCGGUGCACACCCACAUUGACGAGCCCAGUUACAUUUCCAUUACCAAUCGCGUGUACCCUGGGCCAGCGUUCACGGUGGAGAUUCCCAACGUCGAGGCGGCCGAGUGCAACGUCGUGACCAAAGCCAACUGCACCGUGUAUACCAUGCUCGAAGAACUCCGCCACAACAAGUUUUGGGACUUGGCAACUCGAGCGAUCUUUGUCGACUUUAGCGUAUACAACCCGCAUUGCAAAGCUGUAGCUGUGGUGCGGCUCUUCUUGGAGCAAACUGACGGCGGCGGCGUCAUGCCGUCCGUGUCUAUCCGCCCGUUUCUGCCGUAUGUGACGCCUCAGACGUUCCAGGACAUGUUUGCCAUCGUAUGCGAGAGCUUGUUGUACCUGGUGGUGUUCCACCAAGCAUACGUGGCGGUCCAUGGGUUGCGCACCGUGGGCUUCAAGUACUACGCGAUACGAGCCAACAUCGCCAACGACAUCAACAUUGUGUUCUUCUUUAUCGUGCUGGGGCUCAAAGUCUUGACCCACGCGAGUUUACCCACGGAAUUUCAAGACGACGUGUACGUCAACCUUCGGUCCAGCGCCAACUACGACUACUUGUCGCGCAGUGUCAACAGCCUCAACUGCUUCCUCUCGGUGCUCAAGGUGUUCAAGUACUUGUCAUUCAUUCCGACGUUCAGUAUCCUCACCGCGACCGUGUCGGGUGCCGUGGACGAGCUCAUUGGGCUAUUUGUUAUGAUUGCGAUCCUGCUUUUCGGCGGCAGCUUGGCAUUUACCAUUGCAUUUGGUAGCAUGCUUCGGCACUACAGCGUGGUGAUCAACAGCUUCUAUUCGCUCAUGGGGAUUUUCACGCUCAAAUUCGACGCCGAAGAAAUUUUUGACGGCAACCGAGUGCUCGGCCCGGUGUUUUUUGUCGUGUUUGUGUCGCUCAUCAUUUUGGUCAUCAUGGUACUGUACCUACAACAUGUAUCGAUUAUAUAUUCCUAUUCUUCGUUGUUGUGCACUGCCACCAUCAUUCUCAUUAACUAUGAGGCAUACAUACAUAGCACAUGCUCAUUGCGUGCUUUGCGAAUGCGUACUUGGAGCAAAAGGAAACGCAAUUGUUUGCCAAAGACAUGAAGCUGCAUACGCUGGGCGCGGACGUGAUGGACCACAUUUUGCAUAACAUGAUCUUUGCCACGCCGUUUCUGGGCAAGCAUGUGUUCUUGCCGUUGUACAUCUACGGCAUGAAGGCCAUGUCUGCCCAACCUCCGUCUGCCGUCCAAGCAAUGACAGCAAGUCGCGCGCAUUCAAUUCGAGAGCGGCAGUCCCACCGCUCCAUUCGCGAGAAACCAGAAAACAUGACGAAUCGGGUCUUCCCUAUCCAUGACACGCAAACGUCGAGUGUGGGGCCGCUGGACGAGGCGGCCGUCGCUGCCAAGAUCGACAACAUGCUGCGGGAGAUGACCGACGAGCGGACCGCCCUUGCCCUCGACGUCGAGCGCGUGCUCCAGCACUUGGAAGCGAGCAAAUCGACAGAGUCAGAAGUUCACGCCCAAGACCUGGGUGUGUUAUUAGCGUAUGUCCACGACCUGGAGGAGCACCUGAACUCCAAACUGCAGGCGAUUCUACAGUGAAUCAGGAGGAUAGCUAGCGUACAUAUAGAAUGAGUUGUCAUUUUGAAAGGCAUUUGCUGACAGA